GUUUAGGAAGGAUCGUGCACACUGAAUUAUCUCUACAAAAGGGUGAAUAUUUUCCAGAGAAAAAUUGAAGUAAUUAAUUAAUUAAUUAAUCUGACUUUACAACCAUGGCAGCCACUGUUCCUUUCUCUCUUCUUAGGAACUACUCGCAAUUGGUGUCAACAAGAGCUUUUGUUGUUAAAGCGAACAACUUCAGUUUCUCCAACUCUGUUCUUCCUAUUCAAUGUCGCAGGUCGCCUUUUAGUACCAGUGCUGCAAACAAUGAACAAGCUGCGGCCAAAGCAGCUGCUGUUAAUGCUGACAGUGGAGCACCAACAAUAUUCGACAAGAUCAUAAACAAGGAAAUCCCUUCUAGCAUUGUAUAUGAAGAUGAAAAAGUCCUCGCCUUUCGGGACAUAAGUCCACAGGCUCCAGUUCAUGUUCUGGUCAUUCCAAAAUUCAGAGAUGGAUUAACAGAACUUGGGAAGGCUGAUGCUAGACAUGGGGAGAUACUUGGUCAGCUUCUCUACGCCGCAAAAAUAGUAGCUGAGAAAGAAGGCAUAUCUGAUGGAUUUCGUGUUGUCAUCAACAGUGGUGCCAGUGCCUGCCAAAGUGUGUAUCAUCUGCACUUGCAUGUCCUAGGUGGGAGACAGAUGAAUUGGCCACCUGGUUGAAGGUUGAAAGUCGAUCCUUGUUGAUUCCUGCAGAGCUUAGAAAUAGUUGAAUGGAAAAUGUGAAAUGUUUUUUGUUAUUGAAAAAACGUAAACUUAUCCUUUAAAAUAAGUACUGUGUUUCUCGGUUUAUGAUUGAUACAGCAAUCCCAUUGAUACUGUUAUGUUAUAAACUAAGCAAAACUGAGGGAGAAGAGCAAAAACUGAAUCAUGUGAAUUAGCAA